AUCCGCGGCAUCCUAGAAGUAAAUUCGGCUGGUGGCUUUAAAAUUUCCAUAGGAGGGGGGCAUUUUUCCAAACUGGGAGGGGGGGUUCCCUCUUCUUCUUUCUUCUUCUUUUUUUGCCUGGGGCUAGGCUGAACGUCUGAUAAGAGGUGGAUUAGGAGGCGAGUUUAAGAGACAGACCAAUAGCUGCUGCCAGUGGGAGUAUUUGUUAUUCACAUGGAAGAGACUCGGGAAUCGCUGCCUCUUUUCAGCACCACGGACAGCUACAAGUGCAGCUCCGGGUCUCCGCCUUGCAAACUGGCAGCGUGCUCGGCUAUGGAGCGCCUCCCCGCCCCCCAAGCAGGUUCCUUGCCAACCCGGGACUAUCUCAGUCACAAAGCACAGACCGAGAAUGUGGAUUGCUGAUCUCUUCCCACCACUGGGGAUACUUACACUGAUAUUCUGCAAUCUCUGAAUGCCCUCACCAAGCAAGGACACCCAUGACAAUCAUAUCACAAAUGGCUUCUCCUUGUGAAACUCUUCUUUAGGACUUCUGUUUAAAAAAAUAAAAAACCCUUCACUCCUCUUUUCUACCUACUGCAUGAUUCUAUAUUCUUGUUCACUGGGCACUGAUGGUAGCCUUCAGAAGGGGUAACUUCAAAUCCUCCACCUCCUCCUCUAGCAAGCAGAAAACCUGGGUCUUGGACUGCAACAUUGCCUUCAGAAAAAAUGGUAUACGAAGACAAACAUCUGGUCUCUUGCCAUUGUUUCUUCUUGCUCGCAGCCAAAUUCUGCUGGAUACUCCCAAUGAUGAAAGGAACUCAUGGCCAGGAAUAUGCCCACUCCAUUCGACUCGAUGGAGAUAUCAUCUUGGGAGGACUCUUCCCUGUCCAUGCCAAAGGGGAAAGAGGGGUCCCUUGUGGAGAGCUUAAAAAGGAGAAAGGGAUCCAUCGGCUUGAGGCAAUGCUAUAUGCAAUCGAUCAGAUCAACAAGGACCCUGAUCUUCUCGCCAAUGUUAGUUUGGGCGUCCGGAUCCUAGACACUUGUUCCAGGGACACUUAUGCUUUGGAGCAAUCAUUAACAUUUGUGCAAGCUUUGAUUGAGAAAGAUGGAUCUGAUGUGAAAUGUGCUAACGGAGACCCCCCUAUUUUCACAAAGCCAGACAAGAUAACAGGGGUAAUAGGAGCUGCUGCAAGUUCUGUGUCCAUCAUGGUGGCUAACAUUUUAAGACUUUUUAAGAUACCUCAAAUCAGCUAUGCAUCUACCGCUCCAGAGUUAAGUGACAACACCAGGUAUGACUUCUUUUCUCGUGUGGUGCCACCUGACUCCUAUCAAGCCCAAGCCAUGGUCGAUAUUGUGACAGCCCUUGGAUGGAACUAUGUGUCAACACUGGCUUCAGAAGGGAACUAUGGAGAAAGUGGUGUUGAAGCAUUCACACAGAUCUCGAGGGAGACUGGUGGCGUUUGCAUUGCUCAAUCCUUAAAAAUCCCCCGUGAACCAAGACCAGGAGAAUUUGACAAGCUUAUCCGUCGUUUGAUGGACACUCCUAAUGCUCGUGCUGUAAUCAUGUUUGCAAACGAGGAUGAUAUCAGGCGAAUAUUAGAAGCAGCCAAGAAAACCAAUCAAACUGGGCAUUUCCUUUGGAUAGGGUCAGACAGUUGGGGGUCUAAAAUUUCACCUGUUUAUCAGCAAGAGGAGAUUGCAGAAGGAGCUGUCACCAUUUUGCCCAAAAGAGCUUCCAUUGAUGGUUUUGAUCGAUAUUUUAGAAGCCGAACUCUUGCAAAUAACAGACGGAAUGUGUGGUUUGCAGAAUUCUGGGAAGAAAAUUUUGGAUGCAAGUUGGGUUCUCAUGGAAAAAGAAACAGCAAUAUAAAGAAAUGCACAGGCUUGGAGCGAAUUGCAAGAGAUUCUUCCUAUGAACAAGAAGGAAAGGUCCAGUUUGUCAUUGAUGCCGUGUAUUCUAUGGCAUAUGCCUUGCACAGCAUGCAUAAAGAUCUUUGUCCAGGUUACAUUGGUCUGUGUCCACGAAUGAGCACUAUUGAUGGGAAAGAGCUGCUUGGUUAUAUUCGGGCCGUAAACUUUAAUGGGAGUGCUGGAACACCUGUUAUUUUCAAUGAAAAUGGAGAUGCACCUGGACGUUAUGAUAUCUUCCAGUAUCAAAUAACCAAUAAAAGUACAGAAUACAAAAUCAUUGGCCACUGGACAAACCAGCUCCAUAUAAAUGUAGAAGAAAUGCAGUGGGGUAGCAGAGAGCGAAUGCAUCCAACAUCAGUCUGCAGCUUGCCAUGCAAGCCUGGAGAAAGAAAGAAAACUGUAAAAGGAGUACCUUGCUGUUGGCAUUGUGAACGCUGUGAAGGCUACCAUUAUCAAGUGGAUGAAUUCACCUGUGAAGUGUGCCCAUUUAAUAAAAGGCCCAACCUCAACCGCACAGAUUGCCAGCUUAUCCCCAUCAUCAAGCUGGAGUGGCAUUCUCCGUGGGCUGUUGUGCCUGUCUUCAUAGCAAUAUUCGGGAUCAUUGCAACGUCCUUUGUCAUCGUGACGUUUGUUCGCCAUAAUGAUACACCAAUUGUCAGGGCUUCGGGACGUGAACUCAGCUAUGUCCUCUUGACUGGGAUUUUUCUCUGUUAUUCCAUCACUUUUUUAAUGAUUGCAAGUCCGGACACAGCUGUGUGCUCCUUACGACGGAUCUUUCUAGGGCUUGGCAUGUGCUUCAGUUAUGCAGCCUUGCUCACCAAAACAAACCGAAUCCACCGAAUAUUUGAGCAAGGCAAAAAAUCCGUCACUGCUCCAAAAUUCAUCAGUCCAGCUUCCCAACUGGUGAUUACUUUCAGCCUCAUAUCCAUACAGCUUUUAGGAGUCUUCAUCUGGUUUGCUGUGGAUCCUCCGCACAUCAUAGUGGACUAUGGAGAGCAGAGAACUAUUGAUCCUGAAAAUGCCCGGGGAGUUCUGAAAUGUGAUAUUUCUGAUCUCUCUCUCAUUUGUUCUCUUGGAUACAGUAUUCUCUUAAUGGUAACAUGCACUGUUUACGCUAUUAAAACAAGAGGUGUUCCAGAGACCUUCAAUGAAGCAAAACCAAUUGGAUUUACUAUGUAUACAACCUGUAUCAUUUGGUUAGCUUUCAUUCCAAUCUUUUUUGGAACUGCACAGUCAGCAGAGAAGAUGUACAUCCAGACAACAACACUUACAGUGUCCAUGAGUUUAAGUGCUUCUGUAUCUCUGGGCAUGCUCUAUAUGCCCAAAGUUUAUAUUAUCAUUUUUCAUCCAGAGCAAAAUGUUCAAAAACGCAAGAGGAGCUUCAAGGCUGUUGUGACAGCAGCCACAAUGCAAAGCAAGCUGAUCCAAAAGGGGAAUGACAGACCAAAUGGAGAGGUCAAAACUGAACUUUGUGAAAGUCUUGAAACCAACAGUAAGUCAUCCGUAGACUUAACCAUGGUCAAGAGUGGCAGCACUUCCUAAUAGAUCUUCCUCUACCAAGACAACUUAUGUCAGUUACAGCAAUCAUGCAAACUGAGCAGGGAAACAAAAACAUACCUGAAGACUUGCAGUAUGUGUACUUAAGAACAAAUGAUGAUCACAUCUGGAGAAUUCAGCCUCUGGCGAUGUCUCUACACCACAAUCUCCUCUGUGCAAGGAAAAAAAAUAACCAAGAACCCAAAGCUAGAGGGGUGGGUGGGUUGGGAGAAAAGUGGCCCAGAAUUAUUAUAUAAUUAUAAUCUAUGACUGCCUGUCAAAUGUUUGAACUGUUCACUCAUGAAAGAAGGUGAAUCACAAAAGAAAAACAAAAAAAAUUGUUAGCUUGUGAAAAAAAUGCUGUUGAAAUAAAACCAUGUCUGAUGUUCUACUUGUAAGUACUUUUUGUGAUUGUGAGAAUUUCCAUUCCUGUCCCACAUUUGUUCAACUUGUAUAAGAUGAAGUUUGUUUCUUGUGAUGGCUGACUGAAUUGAAGCCCUGCGUUGUGCUAAUGAGAAAUGCAAUGGUUGACGCAUGCAAAUUUUUAUACAAAGUAAUUUAUUUCUAUUAAUAAAGGAAUGUUUUGCAAAUGUU